ACAGGAAAACUUCAUUCAGUCAUCCAGUCCAGCCUGAAGAGGAGUCAAGUGCAAUCGGAUCAUCGUGUGAACUAGCUGACCAGAACCAAGUACAAUGAGGACUGGAGUAGGUAUGGGGGUGUUGGGUCUGCUGGGUCUGCUAAGUCUUGUUCUUGGCCAGGACACAGUGGACCUCCCAUCUGGCGUUCACAUCUUCUGCGACGACCCUUCUGUCGAGAAGGCCGUGAGCAGCGCUCUGCAAGAGUUCAAUGAAAGGUUGAAUACUGGCUACAAGUUGGCUCUCUAUCAGAUACUAACAGCCAGCAAGUCGGAGAAUGGUUCCGACAACGUCUACGCGCUGCAGUUCACCAGCAGGAGGAGUGACUGUGUGGCAGGAAGUCCCAAACCUUGGACAGACUGCAACUAUUUGCUACAUGAACGCAACAAUCCUCUGUCCUGCAACGCCACAGUCCACAUGAAGGAGGCCCACACAGACACUGAGCAUGUCCACUGCAGCUUAGAUGACUACAUCCUCCCAGAGAGAGCUCCUUGCCUGGGGUGCCCGAUGCCCAUCGAUGAGAACUCAGAAGACCUCAAUGUACCUCUGUCCGUCUCCAUCGUGAAGUACAACUCCAUCUCCAACUCUACACACCUCUUCAACCUCAACAACGUGGAAAGCGCCACCAGACAGGUGGUGGCGGGCUUCAGAUUCAAACUGAGAUUCGAUAUGAGGAGGACCACCUGUGCCAAGGCUGACCACAGCGAGCUCAGUGACCAGUGUGUGCACGACCAAGAGGAAAUUGAGUUCAUCAACUGUAAUUCCACAGUGGACGUAGCACCGUGGAGAUUUGAAGCCCCACAAGUCCAAAUCCAAUGUGAGGAAGGUGGCCUGUUUAUUCAGGCCGGGCCGUUCAGUCGGCGCCUUCCCUCCGGCUUUACUCCGUUUAGGGAUGCCAUCAUGCCCACGCCUCCUCCCUCGGUGGCAUCCGGCAAGGAGGAAUCAUCUGAAGAGGACGCGACAGCUUCCGAGAAUGAAAACCCCUUCCACUGUCCAUCCAAGCCCUGGAAAAAGUUCCAGCCAGUCCAGCCUGUAGUUCCCACCAUGCCGGCCACAAACAGGCCUCUCCUGGAUGAAGACUUGUUGGCAUGAAAGCUUCUUCGGUUCUAUCAUACAAAAUAAUCCCUUCCAUCAUGUUCUACAGAAUAUUGUAAUAUUUUAUCAGUCUAAUGCAAAACUUGUAAUGUCGCCAAAUGACUGGAAAUGAUACAAAAUCAAGAGGGGUUGACUUAACUAAUAUUUGAAUUGAUUGAAAUGAGAAAUGUAAUAUACUGUAUUUUUUUGCUCUGUAGAACAUAGGGAAUGCUUUAUUACUCAGUAGAAGUUGUUUGACUACAUAGUCCACCCCGACAGGUACAUUAUUAAUUUUUUGUUUGUACUUCUCAUGGAAUUAAAAAUGUAUCAAGCCCCCUGUGGGGAAUCCAUUUUAAAAAUACUGUAUUCUUCUGCAAAUAGUCGUUCAAAAGGUGAUACAAGCAUGAAAUAAUUGAAAUGUUAUGGUUUAAAAAUGUAAUGAAAUAAAAACAAAAAAGUGUA